GCAGCCGGUGUUAGAUAACAUUUCGUGCACUGUUGCUUCACAGACUGCCGACUGAAGACGCCCUUGGAUAACUACAUAUGGAAAGAAAAGGGAGAGCAAAAUAUCUUGCUAUUUGCAUUUUACUCAUCGCUACCAUUGCCUUUAUUAGUAUUCAUAUGUGUGUUCGCACGAGAGGCUCUUGCAAGACCAGCAAGUUGAAACUGUUCACGGCACCGCACACAUUAGUAAAAGAAGAGUUCAACAACAAGAUGAACAUAAGCAGUAGAGUAGAACAACAUUUCGAAAAGGAUGAAGGUUCGAUUAAAAAAGAAUCUCCAUUGAACCAGGCCAGGUAUAGGAUAAUUAAAACACCGACACUGAGCAGUCAGAAGAUAAAAUCAACUCUGACUGCCGGAGAGGCAAGGCUUUCGACGAAAAUGCAUAAUGAAAAUAUACACAAAGCACGGUACAGACUAAAGCUGAACGCAAAAUGUCCACGUGAAAAAGACGUCUAUUUAGUUACUGUCGUUGAAUCGGCCCCUGGUUCAUUCACAGACCGCCAACAGUUUAGAGACACGUGGGGGAGCGUUAAAGAAACGGGAGGCAAAUAUAUCCACACUGUCUUCUUGUUAGGAGCAGCUCCAAACGUGUCAAUUCAAUCAAUCGUGGAGAAGGAGAGCGCAAAAUACGGUGACAUCGUACAGUACGAUUUUGUCGACACUUAUAGGAACCUUACGGUAAAAACAGUCGCCGCACUGCGAUGGGUCCUGAAAUUCUGCUCUCACGCAAAGACGAUGAUGAAGACCGAUAUCGACGUCAUAGUGCAAUACUCUUUACUCGUAGACUUCCUGCAGUCCUUGGCGUUGAAAACCAACGGGGAACUAAUGUUAUAUUUAGGCUGUGUCCUCAAACACAUGCCCCCAGUGCGAGCCACGUCGUCGAAGUGGUUUGUCAGUGAGCAGGAAUACGCAGGACACCGCUACCCAGAUUAUGUCGCAGGCUGGGGCUACCUUCUCUCGCUACCCGCAGUUAAAUCUAUAGUCCAGGCCGCACUGCAACUUCCAUAUCACCCGAUGGAAGAUGUCUUCGUUGGCAUAGCUGCGGAAAAAGCUGGUGUCGCGCCUACGCAAAACAAAUGGUUCGCUCCCGUGGUUAGUAUGGGAUAUAGUUUCUGUUAUUUCAAGCCGUUCUUGGUAAUACACCUGCCCGGUAAUCGGUUGAUGCGGUUGCAGUUUUGGUUGGAUUUGAAGCAGUUUGAAAAUGAUAGUUGUAGCCACGUGAAUCGAGGCGAACCACCAGAACACGUCUGUCAACUGCCGUAAUAUCAGAUACGCAUUCUACAACUUUGUCAACGAUCGAAUUUUCCAAAGUUUGUUCAUCAGGAUAUUACACUUUAUUAAAACCGUUUCCGGUUUGGCUGAUAUGUUUGCAGCUUUAAUAGUUUUAUAUUACUGGUGUUACACCAAAAGACUGUCUGUAGAUAGAUUUUGCUCAAUUAACUACCACAGCCUGCAGAGGAUGCAAGUGAAGGUCAUUUUGAAAAGGAAAAUUCCUGAAUAAGCUCAAGAUUUUCUGUAUCAUCUUUAUACGAUAUCACAAUUUCAAUCAUAAAAUUAAAAAAAAAACUGAACAAUGGAAGAUGAGAAUUUUCAGAUGGAUUGUUCAUUGGAUUUUGGCGCAGUAUUAUAUUUUAACACAUACCCUGGUGUAUCACCGUUUUUA